GGCACCUGAACCUGAAGCGGGCACACUUUUCAAAAUAAGCCAGUCAUUUUGAGCAGCAUUUAGCAUUUUCCAAAAAUCAAACUAAAAUCUUAAAAUUAAACUGUUUGAAAUUUUGGACAUCAUGGAUUCCGGCUUUGACUUCACCGACACUCCCGUCAGCACUGGUACCACCAUUAUGGCCGUCGAAUUCGACGGUGGAGUCGUGAUUGGAGCGGAUUCCCGCACCAGCUCCGGUGCCUAUGUCGCCAACCGAGUCACCGACAAACUGACUCGCAUAACGGAUAAGAUCUACUGCUGCCGCAGCGGUUCCGCCGCCGAUACACAAGCCAUUGCUGACAUUGUCGCCUACUCCUUGAACUACUACGAGAACCAGACCAACAAGGAUGCCUUGGUUCAUGAGGCUGCAUCUGAGUUUCGCAAUUUCUGUUACAACUACCGUGACUCGCUGCUAGCUGGUAUUAUUGUGGCUGGCUAUGACGAUCAGCGCGGCGGUCAGGUUUACAGCAUUCCGUUGGGCGGUAUGCUCACCCGCGAGGCUUGCACCAUUGGGGGCUCCGGCUCAAGCUUCAUUUAUGGCUUUGUAAGAGAGCACUACCGCCAGAACAUGUCGAAGGAAGAAUGUGUUGAUUUUGUCAAGAAGGCCGUUCAGCACGCCAUCUACCAUGACGGCAGCUCAGGCGGCGUGGUGCGCAUUGGCAUCAUCACUAAGGAUGGUAUCGAGCGCCGCUUGUUUUACAACACAGAGUCUGGAGAUCCCCAGGUCGCGGGCACAGCUAGUUUCAUCGCCGCGGAGCAGAAAAUGGAAGCCUAAGUAGCAUAAGGUCUAGAGGCCAAGUUAAAAACUUUCCUCCGAUAAAUAAAAUGGUUUUUUGAUACGAGUGUAAUGUAAA